CCGAAUGUCAAAGAUGGCGCUCCACAUGUCAUGGUGAAUUCUUAUCAAACAGCCAGAGUAUGUAUUCAUAUUUUUAAGGAUAUAACGGUUUACCGGAUGGUAGCACAUUGACUGGACUUUUAUUUUAACUUAUGAGGUGAACACAGCUGAGGAGGAGAUGGCUUUGAGCGGAAUUAGUCGCAGUGUACGGCUGUUAGGUCAAAUUCAACAAUGUCGUCCAAUUGUGGCCACAAACCAGACAGCUCGGUGUCUGAGUCAGGCAGCCUCUCAGCCGGAGCCCAGCGCAGAUGAAAAUGAAGCCGUGAACCCGACCUUUGUGAACAGAAACCCCCGGAACCUGGAGCAGAUGGCUCUGGCUGUGAAGGACCGGGGCUGGAAGACGACCUGGCCCCACCGGGAGUUCUACCACAGGUUGGAGUUUUCUCGCACCCAGCACCAUGUGACGGCACAAGUGUUCUCCAGCAGCUCUCCUGUCCCGGUGCUUUCCUGUUCAACCAAGGAGUGGGCGGUGAAGAAGGAGCUAGCUUCCACAAGGUGCGUGGCAGCGUGUCAGGCUGUGGGCGAAGUGCUGGCACAUCGAUGCCAGCAGGCUGGCAUCACCAGGAUGGUGUACAGGGCGAUUCCCUGGACGUACCGCUCUGAUGCUGUUCAGUCUUUCAGGGCAGCAAUGAAAGAGGGAGGAAUAACCCUCAGUGAACCCAGAAGGAAAUACAUCGGUACCUGAAUUUAGGUUUCAUCUGUCACAUCUGUUGUUUUGUAAAACAUGUCCUCUAUCCCUUUCUCUCUACUCUUUUCUGAAUUAUAACUGUGCUGAUAUUAAGAUGACCAGCACUACAGUGAAUGACAAUAUAAAGAGGAUCAAAAUGAGUGAUGAAAGUAAGGUUGCCUGUCCCUGUUCUUUGUCUCUUGUGGAUAAAAUGUUUCUGAACAGAAGCAGUUCUCCUCUGGUUUAUUAUUUAAUAAAGAAACAAAGCGGUU